AUGAGUUUUUGGGUCAAAAAAUGUACCAGACGAAUUGUCGUCCCUGUGCUUCUGAGAUUUCCCGUCGCAUACCAGAUCCUUCCCCAUGCUGCACGUACCCAACCUCGAAGAGUAGCAUUCAACAUCAAACAAAAGGAGGAAAGGGGGAAAUCGGUUUCAGGGGAUUUUGAGAAGAAGUUGGCUCUUCCCCUGCCAACUUCUACCACUGAGAAGAAGCUUAUUAGACAAAAGAGAUCUGGAUCCGCAACCGCCAGCGGAAGCUCUUCACCACAUCGAUUUCGAGCAUCUAUUGAACUUCAAAAUCAUGGGUCUGGACUUCGAUUGCUUGUACGAUUUGACGGGGCAAAGAAAGAAGAAUUAGAAAUGGUUUAG